UACUGAAUUAGGUUGGCAGGCUGCAUGUUUAUUUGUUUUGAUUCUUUAUUUUAUAUAUAUACAUAUAUAAAUUUAUCCUCAAGACUUACUGUUGCAAAUAUUCCAACACUUACUGACAACUACAUUAAAAUCGAUUAUUUAUUUAUUACAAUGAAGGGAAAGAAUGGGCUGCGUUUUUGUCUUCAACACAAUUCGGUGUUUUUAAUAAAUGCAAGCAAUACAACAAAAUAAUAAGAAAAAAAAACCAUAUGCACUUGAAAUUGUAAAUAUAUCCCAACUAUUCGCUCCGCUCACCAUAGCAAUGACGCGCCAGGCGGGAGUGCGCACUUUCUAAUAUUUCACUGUAUUACCGUGCAGCAUACAUGCGGCCAAUAACGGCACUUUUUUUUAUGCGGCGCGCCCCGCGUCGCCUGCGGGAAGGGAGAAGGUGCUCCGCUCCUGGAAUAAACCCCCUCGAACGCGAAAAUGGUCCAGUUAAUGUGUCAUCAGCAUUGUAUUAGCGGCGACAAAAGUAUUCAAUUGUCACGCAUUUGAAACGCAUAAUGACUGCGGCGGUCCUCUUUCAUCAGCAGACAGAGCAAUCACACCCGUACAAUGGUGGAGCCGAGGCAGGGGGCGGGCUGGGGGUCUCCGCAGGCAUGCAUGGAGCGAGGAGCACACACACACAUACACACACACAUACGCGCGCGCGCGAAGACCGACACCUUGUUAUACCCCUUUCAAAUACCUGAUGGCUGAUUUGUGUAUAUUAUUCAAGCAACAUGCAAUGGCGCCACCAGGGGAGGAGGGAGGGACAAAAGGCCACCAGUGUAAAUUGGCCCACUACAGCCCUGAUCCAUGCAAUCUUAUAAGCACAAUAUUUUUAUGAGUACACAUUUAGUAGUAUGUGUAUAAAAAACAAGUUGAGGAGUUAUAUUGAUUUCUUUAUUCAUUAAGUACAGAUUGUUGCAAAAAAGCAAAAUAUGAACAGUUUUUCCAUGUCUGCGUAUUCUAAGGUAGGAUUGAAUCUGCAUAGAAACAAAUCAUUAACUAUAAUGGAGUAUUUUGUUUACACAUAUAUAACCUACAAAUGGUAACAGCAUAAUAAUAGUAAUAAUAUAACCCCAUAUAGUCAUGUCUUUUGAAAACUCUCUGGAGGCAACCUUGAUUUCACCAGUGACCAGUGAAACAACCUGCAUUGUUUAGAACAUUUUGCAAAACCAAAAAAUGUCGCAGAACUUUUCUGCGUUUUCUUUUCUGCACCCUAUGCUUUCUCCGAAAUGUUAUUGUUUUGCUCAUUCUUAAAUAAGGAAGUGGAGUGGUGCCCUCCAAGCAGCAUCCAGGCCCCCUCUCUCAACGGUUUUAUGGUCUUGUGUCUGGGUGCUUGUGUCUAUAAAGCCCUCCCCAGCGCCCUGGCUCAAUCUAAUUAGCCGUGAGUAAAGGAGACAAUAAUGCUUCAGCUGGUUUGUGUCAUUCUCUUCUCUCUGCCUCUGCUUAUCUUCACAAGCCCCACUGUGGCUCUUCACAUAAAGACACACACACACACACACACGCACACACACACACACACACACACACACCUCCAAGCAGCACGCAGAGCCCGGCGCUGCAGUCACACACACCUCCACUCCGGAUAAUGAUGGAUGACCGUGCCCAAUGGGAACAAACAGGUAGAUAAAGCCAAUCCCAUUUAAUAACGCCGUGGAUCGGAAUGAUAAUCUUGUUGUUCAUUAGCCGCUGCGGCCGCACGGCGCCGCGGACUCCCCCUCGCCGUCGCUCGCACAGGAGGCGUUAUGAGGAGGAUGUGUCCUCCAGCGAAGGCGUAGGACAGGGUAGCAUCCUUGGGUGAAAACAAUAAUGCCGUGUCCUUGAGAGAGAGGGAAAGCAGCAGCGUGUCCCUCCCCUCCACUCCUCAUCCUCACCUCCGACACACUCCCCCAUCUUUUGUUGGGCCGCAUAUACAAAUGGGAUUAAUGAAGGUAUGAAUUACAGAGAGCUAAAUCCUGCUGAGUAAUCCAUUUGGCAAACACACAAACAACAAUGGGCAUGCGGCAGCCGCUCUCCUGAGCCUGGGCCUGCGGUGUUUAACGCAGCCCAGACAACACAGGCUGACCACUUGGCUCGGUGACACCUUACAGUAUCCAUAUAAAGUGUCCUUUCACUACAAAACCGCAAGACCAGCAGCAUCAGCAGCCACUCAGGAUCCAGGCUCAAAUAGAGGCGAGCCAUUAGAUCCUACAGGCUCAGCGAUUAGCCUACUCAGAGACGCUAAAUUCCUGUAAGUAAUGCUUUACUGAUGACUGAUCAGCUAUGAAAUACAUUCAGUUACAGGACAGAAUAUGAGGGUAAGAAUGUUCUUAUACUCACACCUGCCAAAUUUUACCCUUUUCUCCCCCCUUUUCUGGAAUGCAAGUUACUGUAGGCUGAUGAAACAGAGACUGUUGGAUUAAACUAAUAAUGUUGAUGGAAAGAUUUGAAUUGGAUAUAUUUUUGGGCACGUCUUUAAAAUGUCUCUUAAACAAAAACAUAUUUUGUCAAACUCCACACAACAAUUCCAACUUGCUAGGUUAAAUUUGUUACAUUUCUACUAUUUAUUUUGUUCAUUUUUCUCGUCUGGGUUGUUCUUCCAUCCUAAAAAGAAACAGGUAAGUGGUUUAAGAUUAAGUUGUAAAACAUUAAUGUAACUGUAAGAAGUCCUGACAACGAAAGCAAAAGCUAUCCUGUCAAGAUAACUACUUGAGCUCAGCUUGUUAGGAAGCUGUAGCUAGUUUAGCUAGUUUAGAAACAAUACUAAACAAGCUAAGGCUUGCCAGCUGUAUACAAACCUAGGUUCUUGUUUCUUGAGAGAAUACUCUAAUUUCUUUCUCAUAUUUUGCCAUUUUAAAAUUAACAAUCAGUAGGCUAAAUUUCAAGAUUUAGACAGGCAGAUAGAAACUAUAUGGUAUAUUAAACGUAAGGACAGGAAGUGCAUUGACACUGUGAUUCCCCAAAUUUCAAGCAAAGCAAAAAUGUAAAAAGGUCAUGACCCCAACUCUUGGUUCAACGUACAGGCAUUUUUAACAAGCCGUUUAAAAAACAACAACAAAAAAAAAACAAAAAAUGGUACAAUGAGAACACAAUAAGCAUCAACAGCUAUCAUACUAGCCACCAUGUUUGUCCUGUUCUUCAUCUUUACAACCUUUCUAAUAUCCGUAAGCUCUCUCAUCGUCAUUUUUGGUAUUUCGUAAGAGAACCUCCUGAACCCGAAGUUAUGUUUUUGUGACCCCAAGUGGGGUCUCGACCCCAGCUUUAGAAGCUAUUUCUCUAGCAGGUAGAACAACAUCCACUGGGCUGGUACGAAACAUCCAGGUGCCAUGAGUUCUUACCCGAAAAACGUGGCUACAAAACAAGCAAAUGAUCAACAUUCAAAACGGCAAGCACAAGCAAUGUAUUAUUAAAAACCCCCAAUAAGGUUGUGAAACUAUUAAUCCAUUGUAAGUUAUAUGUGAAAUAAUCCUGUUGGUUAUGGCACCAAGAAUGUGGUUUCCUUAAAAUUAAAGUCAUUUUAAAGCUUUAAAAGUUACAAAAGUAAACUGAUGUUGUUCAACUAUCAUUGAAUGUUACAUUUAAAAACUUAUGCUCAACUAAAAUUCUAAUAAGUAAUAUUUAAUACCCUACAAAAUUCUUUUUUAUAGUGUAAUUUUCCUUCUGUUGCUGCCAUUGCACACACCCACACUAAUUUGUUGAUUUUAAGAGCUGACAAGCUCAUCAGCCCCCUGCCCCUGGCAACAUGCCAGUGAUUUAAUGACUGCUGACUGACACACACGUACACACGCAUUCACACACAACAACCAGGAGGUUAUGAUGGCUGCUCUAAUGACCUGAACAGAGGCAUCGUUUAAUGGAGGCACUUCUACCUGCUAGGACGUCCACAGGUACCUAAAGUCUCACGUCACUCAGUCUGCUGCACAUUUUCUGACUCUAUGAAGGCGUCUGUGUGUCGGAUAGUAAAUGCCCCGGGCAACCUCCAUUUUUAUUUUUUAUUUUUUAAAUUUUUUUUGUUUGCGUCAACCACAGUUGCGAGCAACCAACCGCAUGUUGCGCACUUUAAGUUUUAUCUAGCCGAGGUGGGGGGAAAAAAAAGCUAAACACGCCUAUCGGGGUAAACGUAACCCGCCAUUUUUUUAUUUGUUCUGAGUAGUUUUGAGUCCUCGCGCAGGUGAGGCCUCGCGCCAGUCUUCUGCGGCCUCCCUCGCGGCGCCCUGUGUGCACCGCGGGCGCAUAUGCAGAGUGGCUCCGACUGGCCGGACCCUGUUUUCUCAGGAGGAAUGUCCCGCUGCUAAUUAAAGACAAUUAGGCCGCUCCCCGCACAAUGCAAAGAAGCCCAGUUUAAGGGGGUCAUAAAUUCACUCCUCCCCUGUUGGUAAAAGGGGUGCUAAAAUCGCUGCUUAUUUACACAACAGCCCUAUACAAACAAUAGCACUUACUUAUUAUUAUUCUUAUUAAUAUUAUUAUGAUUACACGGCUAUAACACGCCCAAAGAAUCGCAUCUUAAAGAGUAAAACAAUAUAUCUGUUCUCUCGACUGCUUAAUGCAGGAAAAGGGAAUUAUUCUUUAUUUGAAAUUAUAAUAAUACUGUGCAAGCAGAAUUUCCUCCAUACGUUUUGACGUCUGUCUUUAAGCUCUUAAAAAACGCUUCUUGGUUCUAAAAAAAAAACAAACAAAAAAAAAAAAACUUCGCUCCGUUUGAGCUUGUGGCGAGAGAGAGAGAGAGAGAGAGAAAGACAACAUAAAGUGGGCUGCUGAUUGAUAAGUCGUUUAGUUUAGUGGGGGUUGAGGAGAAAUAGAGAAAUUUAAAAGCAGGGAGAAGAGAGAGCGAGCCAAUUGUGGCAGCGCGCUCCGUGAUUGGCGCAGAGCGACGCUCCACCCCGUCCUGACUUGAUAUGGGAAUUUACUGGCGCCAGCCGCAUCAGUCUGCGCCACAUCUCAUUAAUGAGCCCGAGCUCUGCACGGAUCAAGAGGUUUAGCACAUCCAGGCUGCGUUUUGUGCAUGUGUGUGUGCGUGUGUGUGUGUGUGUGAGAGAGAGAGAGAGUGGGGGUGUUUGUGUGUGUGUGUCCCGUCAGCUGAUCGGAACCGCAACAGGUUGCUACUUACUGCAAACGGGACAGAACUUUUCCCCUGCUUUUCUUUUUGCAGACACGGGGUCGUCGCUGAAGCAGAAGGAGGGACGCGGCGCUAUUUAAGGAUUCUAUUUCUAAAGCCGACAAAACAGCUGGGAACUAUACACUGCAAAGAGGAGAGCGAGCUGACACGGGCCGACCGGGAGACGGAAUCGGAGUGGGGUGGGAGGGAGGGAAAGAAAAAAAAGAGAGAGCCGAGCCAUGGAGGUCGCAGCGGCGGAUCAGUCGCGGUGGAUGGCGCACCAUCACGCGGUGCUGAACGGCCAGCACCCGGAUUCCCAUCACCACAGUCUGAGCCACAACUACAUGGAGCCGAUGGCGCCUUUGCUGCCCCAGGACGAGGUUGACAUGUUUCUGAACCACUUGGACUCCCAAGGGAACCCUUACUACACCAACUCCCGGGCGAGGGUCACCUACAGCCAGGCACACGCUCGCCUUGCUGGAAACCAGGUUUGCCGGCCACACCUCAUCCACAGCCCCGGCAUCCCCUGGCUGGACCCCGGGAAAGCCGCCCUGUCCGCCGCGCACCACCACAACGCAUGGGCGGUCAGCCACUUUAGCAAACCCGGCCUCCACCCCGCCAGCUCCGGAUACCCCUGCAGCAGCAGCGCCGGCACGGCCUCCGUGUCCUCGCUCACCCCCGCGUCCCACUCCAGCCCGCACCUCUACAGCUUCCCCCCGACCCCUCCGAAAGACGUCUCCCCGGACCCGGGCCCCACCUCCCCGACCUCCACCAGGAUGGACGAGAAGGACUCGAUCAAGUACCAGGUGCCGCUGACGGACGGCAUGAAGAUGGAGAGCUGCAGCCCGCUCCGCGGCGGCCUGGCCUCCAUGAACGGCCAGGCCGCGGCCACGCAUCACCCCAUCCCGACCUACCCGGCCUACUCGCUCCCCACGCCCCACGAGUACAGCGGCAGCCUCUUCCACCCGGGCAGCCUGCUCGGCGGGUCUUCCUCCAGCUUUACGCCCAAAUGCAAAAGCAAAGCCAGGUCGAGCUCAGAACUAUAUGCAGAGGGCCGAGAGUGCGUGAACUGCGGCGCCACGUCCACCCCUCUGUGGCGGCGGGACGGCACCGGCCACUACCUGUGCAACGCCUGCGGACUGUACCACAAGAUGAACGGCCAGAACCGACCGCUCAUCAAGCCCAAGCGGAGACUGUCUGCUGCCAGACGUGCAGGCACCUGCUGUGCGAACUGCCAGACCACCACCACCACCCUGUGGAGGCGCAACGGGAAUGGAGACCCGGUGUGUAAUGCUUGCGGCCUCUACUUCAAACUACACAACGUCAACAGACCCUUGACCAUGAAGAAGGAAGGCAUCCAGACGCGCAACCGCAAGAUGUCCAGCAAGUCCAAGAGGAACAAGCGGGCGGGGGACGGCUUUGACGAGCUCUCCAAGUGCAUGCAGGACAAGGCCUCGCCCUUUGGAGGGCCCGGCCUCACCAGCCACAUGACCCACAUGGGUCACCUUCCGCCCUUCAGCCACUCGGGACACAUGCUGCCCACUCCCACGCCCAUUCACCCGUCAUUCGGUCACCCGCACCACUCCAAUCGGUCGCCGGUCUGGGCCGAGCCUCACUGAGGUCGUCCCUCUCCGCCCCGCGGGACGCAGGACCCACCCCAUCUCCACAGACACUAAACGGCGGACUUGUGUCCUGUACAGCGGAUGAUCGGAGCGCAGCGGCUUUCAGUUGGACUCAGUGACCGAGGGCCUCGUCAGGCCACGGCCUCGCCGAGAGGGGGUGGCCGUCGCGAACUUUUGCGGACUCUGUGAAGAGCUAAUGCGACGAGGGGUUUGUCCGUUCCACCCACCUCCUCCGUCCCCUGGGGCGAGUCGGGCUGACAGGAGAGGAGUGAAUGGAGAAGCUUGUCAUUCUCUUUUUUUUUUUUUUUGCUUAUUUUUACUAAGUCACUUUGGUACCCCCCUCUCCCUGACCCUGUAACAGGAGACUCCAGAGAGGGCCUGAAAACAACCGCUGUUUCUCACCUCAUGAUCAUACCGUCAUACCCCGAGAUACGUGCACCUCGUCUGUCCCCGCACUGUUGUUCAGAACUGCCGCCAUCACACACACACACACGCGCACACACACGCAGACGGACUCCAUGGUGCUGGAAGCUGUCUUACAGGCAGAACUGCUGAAAGGCAACAACCAACCAGUGCUCUCUUCACAUGCUGGAUUGUGCACCACAGAGCUCACCUGUUUUUCAUAACUGUUUUAUGGGAAAAAGAAAAAAACAACAAAAAAAAAACAACAACACAGUAAAUAGAGUGUUUAUAAAUGCUUAAUUGCUAUUAUUGUUGUUAUAUUUGAUGUUAUAAUUAUUGCUACGAUAAUUUAUUUUCACUCUUUAAACUUUCACCGGACACACAUGGAAACGUAUGAUUUUAAUUACAUGGUUAUUACGUAAAGAAAAACACUGACCUGUCUUGGGCGAAUAAGAGUCCCUGAGCUGUACGUUUUUAUCAUUUUUUUCCAUCUCACAAAGAAGAGAAAAUAAAGUUUAAUACUGAAGAAA